AUGUCCAAUCAAGGAGAAGUGUUCACAGGUGGCGCAUGUACGUCGCAGCAUGUGGAUGCACAUGAUGAUGACCAUUUUCAAAAUACAACCUUCAAGUUGAAGCGGACUCGCUCCCUCGGCUUGUUGGACGAGUUCAUUGACCCAGAUACCCAGGAAAAGCAAAUUGAAAAGAAGAACGAAGAGAAGCGGCAAGGUAAGCAGGAUGCCGAGGCUAUACCCGACUCGAAUGUCGCUUCGACUCAGAAACCUGAACUCGUCUCCAACACCGCUGUGGCUCCCGAUUCUGCUUCCCCUGAGGUUGUCUCCUCACCUUUGGACUCCAAUUCACCAUUCCUCAAGAGUCCAGAUAUAGUCCCACACGACGAUUCCAACUUGGCUCCUGAGCCCUCGCGACACGUAGAUUAUUUAUCACAUCAAUGGGAUGUCUCCGACAUCUCAAAGUCUUGGAGGUAUAUCAUUCUGAGACGUAAAAAUGUUGCCAAUGCCGCGAGACUAGAGAACGCCAGUUGGAGAACUUGGGCACAAAGAAGAUGUAACUUGAAAACCAUCAGUCCCGAAGAAGUCAAUUGGUCUAAAGAGAGUGAUGUCACUUGGCUUUAUGGACCUAUUGUUGACGACGACGAUCAUGACCACGACCACGAAAAUGACCACGAUGACUCAGUAAGCAACAGCCUUCUGGGAUCUCGUUCCUUUAACACUGCAAGCAGUGUUGUUGCCGGCGAUAUCUCCAUCGCCCGCAAAGCUCACAGACCACCAAAACCCAUUUUGAAGAAGAGAACCAUGGAAGAUAUGAUGAUAAGCCACCUGAAUCUCCUUAAAUUAGAAGUCGCUACGGCGAGAGCUGAGCAAGAAAGCCGAAGAAGAGAAGACGCGGCUGCUCAAGCUCGUAGAGAUGCUGCCCAAUCAUCGGAGAAGCCUCCAGAGUACUUUGACUACGACGUUAUCUCUGCUAAGUUGAAUUCGCAGUAUAAAAACUACUCGCAAUCAAACUCAAGGGCAAGCUCCGCAAACAACAGUAGCGUGGACUUAGUGCAAAAGCACCAAACUGCUAUCUCUGCUGAUGCAGUGUCGGCUGCUUUGCUGUCAAUUGCAGCUAAUGCACAAAAGUCCAAUGCUUCUCAGGAGCAAGAGUCCAAACAAACUCCUUUGACUCAAAUAAAUCCCGUUCCUAAGACACGACAUGUCCGUUUUAACGAUGAAGUACAGCAGUGUAUUGCCAUCGAUGAAACCUCCGACUAUGAAGACGGAUAUGAUGAUUAUGACACCUCAGAUUACGACUACGAUGGAAGUGAGAGUUACUUUUAUGAUGACGGUACAGGUGCUGGAAUUGAACGUGAUAAUUAUGAUGGUGAUCUCGACAAUGGGCCAAACGAUGAAGACGAGGAAGAAGAAGAUGACGAGGAAGACGAAGGUGGAUUCUUUCUCAAUGUCCGUUCUUCUUCCAAACCAGAGAAUCCAUUUCCUGGUUUGGCUUCUAAGAAGACUCCAGAUCCUUCCAACAAUGAAAUUGAAGAUGAAGACGACGAUGAAGUAUCGUCAGUUCUGUCAUUAAGAACUAUUCACAUGUUGCCUCCGACAACUCUCAACUACGGUUCUUCGAAUGAGGAGAGUGAUGAUUACACAUCGAGUAUCUCUCAUAAUAUUGAUAAUAGUUCUAGUAGAGGUUACGACUACUACUAUGACUAUAACACAGUCUACGAAGUAAAUCCCAACCACGCUAUUUACGGGUCUAACUCUAGAGAUAGAACGCCUGAUGUGGUUGAUGUUCCAGAAAACAUUUCGUUGGGAUCUAACUUCGACUACGAAAUUAUUGAAAAUGAAGACGUGACAAACUAUGGCACAGGUUUCCCUGAGGUGUACGGCCACGAUCAUCACAAAAUUGAAGUUAGUAGACCAUCUGAACACAAGGGUGAUGUUGCUGCGGAUCGUUCUGAGCGAAUUCCUAUAUCCUGCUUGGACGAUUCCGUGCACAGUAAAUCCACUUCCGGAUCCUUCAGUUGCAAUGCGUUCCACAGCGAGUCAGAAUCAGAGUCAGACAAUGAAGGAGGAUUGUCAAUAAGCGCUCGUAAUUCUAGCCAAUCGUUGGCCCAGCAGGCUUUUGGCCAACCUUUGACGGAAAUCAGCCCCGCCUCCCAGCAUUUUCCAGAUCUGUAUCAAGAGAUUCACGAACCACAACCAAAGCACAUUUCCACUAUCAAUCCGCGAUAUUCUUCUACCUCAUUAUCCAAACAACCACACUCUUCAGGAUCACUUGCCGAUCAAUUUUUUGGAGGCACAAUGACCCUGACGGAGGCCAAGUCAAAUUCGAAUUUGGGCGAUAUGUUCUUGAAUUACAAUAGCCAAAAGGAGACUACUGAAUCAAAAGCAGAGUCUACCAGCAGCCCAUCGCAAUUCAGCUUACAGAAUAGUCAUAACACCCAGAACAUUCACACCAAUGUUCAGAAUCCGCAUGGCUCGUUGAGUGCUUCUGUCGCUCAGAACUCCUACUCCGGCACAGCCUCGCCUCCCAUACAGAGAAAGUCAUCUCCGUUGCCGCCAACAACAACAGCUGCAAACAUUUUCCUGGGCUCGCGAACACCAACGCCUAAGCCUCAACAGCAAAAGUCGCUGUUUAUGUUUGACUCGGAGGAUGACUCUGAGCCUGAAUUUGUAGAGGACAACUCAUUCAACAGCAAUGUGACAGGAGAUGGGACUGCCUCUAGCUACGCCUCCUUGUACAAGGUGGCAGGCAGAACCGGCAUUUCGCGCCCAACGCCAGAUACCGACGAAGCCAAAAAGGGACUGGCAGUCUCCAAUUUCUUGGGAGGCUGGAACAAGAACAGCCACGGGAGCUAG